AGUACACACGAACCUAUUUUUGUUGACCGGAAAUAGCCGCAGACGUACGAAGUAUGGCGCUGGUUUCCUUAGUCUUGACUCUAGCUUCAGUUGCGUCUGGUGUAUGGGCCGUUGAUUACGGCUGUCCACCGGAUGUGCCAGCUGACCAAUACCUGCAAGUCUUUGGCGACUUCUGCUACCAGUUUGUCUUCCACCUGUACCGCGACUACCCGACCGCCGCAGCCGAAUGCCAGAGACACGGCGGGACCUUGGCCUUGGUCAAGUCACGUGACGUGCAGAGCUACCUGGAGAGCCAGACGUUGAGCACCUACUACACGCGCGGGCAGGUGUGGAUCGGGCUGAGUAACAUGCACGACCCGAACAGAUUUCUCUGGGAGGACGGCUCAAAUCUUGACUACAGCAACUGGGCCACGGGACACGGCGCGCUGCCCCAGCCCACCCCCCGCUGCGUGGCCAUGUACCCCGGGGACGGCGGCAAGUGGUACGACGCCCUGUGCAUGUCCGCCACACCAGAGGGCGCGGGGGCUGUCAUCAAGCCGUUCAUCUGUCAGUACCGGCGCUACAGCAGCGCCCCUGCGGCUUCAGCGACCAGCGACCUGACGCCCCAACCUGACACCACAGUCGCCACCAUCACCAACCCCUGCCCACCCUUCAGCUGUGACCUUGACUGUGGUAUGGCUGGUUUUGCUAAAGAUAUGGAUACCGGGUGUUCAUUAUGCCAGUGUAUUUUGAAAUAAUU